UAUCAAUAAUAUUUAUAUCCAAAACACAUUCAUUCAUCCUUCUCAGUCUCAACCGAAGAAGACUUCAAUUUUGUGUGAAGUUGCUUCAUUUUCCCCUUUAUCUUCACCGAUCCACCAUUUCUCACUUUCUAUUCACAAGAUCUAAAAAGAUAGAGCGAUGUCUUUCAUUGGUACUCAACAAAAGUGUAAGGCUUGUGAGAAAACUGUUUAUCCCGUUGAUCAGCUUUCUGCUGAUGGCACUUCUUACCAUAAAGCUUGUUUCAGAUGCUCUCACUGCAAAGGAACUUUAAAGCUGAGCAGCUAUUCCUCAAUGGAAGGUGUUCUUUACUGUAAGCCUCAUUAUGAGCAGCUCUUCAAGGAGACUGGCACCUUCAAGAAGAACUUCACGUCACCUGCAAAGUUAGCUGACAAGACAACUCCUGAGCUGACAAGGUCCCCUAGUAAAGCUGCAAGCAUGUUUUCUGGGACACAAGACAAGUGUGCCACAUGUGGCAAAACUGCUUAUCCGUUGGAGAAGGUAACGGUGGAAAGCCAGGCCUAUCACAAAUCAUGUUUCAAGUGUUCACAUGGUGGUUGUCCUAUAACUCCAUCAAAUUAUGCAGCCCUUGAGGGAAUUUUGUAUUGCAAGCACCAUUUCUCUCAGCUUUUUAAGGAGAAAGGUAGUUAUAAUCAUCUUAUCAAGUCUGCAUCAAUCAAGCGUGCAGCAACAUCCGUUCCAGAAUCUUGAAUGUUUGGUGCCUUCUAUUGCCUUUGUUUUGUUUUGAAGGAAGAGGAUGUUUUGGUCUGUCAAGAAUGUGUUUGUUUGUAUGUGUGUUCUUUUUCCCUUCAUAAUUGUUCCAUCGAUACUUGAUCCUUUUUCUGAUCUUUACUUAUACAUGCGUGGUGUGCAAAUCUUGUGUGAUUUAUUUAUCCAAUGCACAUUCAGUAAUGACAACUGAGAGCUUGACUUGCAAAAUGCAUCUUUCCAAUUUUACAAUGCA